CCGCCGCGCUCCCGCUGCCCGGCGAUGCCGUUCUCGGCGCAGCCGCCCGCCAGCGGCGAGCGCUACGCGCUGUCCGCCAGCCUGGACAAUGCCCGGCACCUGUCCAGCCUCCUGCGGGCCGUGCACUUCCAGGACCACGCCACCUGCCUCGCCACGGCCAGCGGGCUGCGCGUGACGGUGGAGGAUGCCAAGUGCAUCCAGGCCAACGCCUUCAUCCAGGCAGAAAUUUUUCAGGAAUUUUCUGUUCAGGAGGAAUCGGUGAUGUUCCGGAUCAGUUUGUCUGUUCUUCUGGACUGCCUCACCAUUUUUGGAACCAGCUCCUUGCCAGGAACAUCAACGGCCCUUAGAAUGUGUUACCGUGGUUAUGGGUAUCCCCUGAUGCUGUUCUUGGAAGAAGGAGGAGUAGUAACAGUGUGCAAAAUCAACACUCAAGAACCUGAUGAGUUGUUAGAUUUUGAUUUCUGCAGUACAAAGGUUGUUAAUAAAAUUAUCCUGCAGUCAGAGGGACUACGAGAAGCAUUUGCUGAACUGGAUAUGACCAGUGAAGUUCUGCAGAUUACCAUGUCUCCAGAUAAACCCUACUUCAGGUUAUCCACUUUUGGAAAUGCUGGAAGUGCACAUCUAGACUAUCCUAGGGACUCUGAUUUGAUGGAAGCAUUCCACUGUAACCAGACCCAGACAAACAGGUACAAGGUUUCUUUGCUUAAACCAUCCACAAAGGCACUGGCUUUAUCUUGUAAAGUGUCCAUUCGAACAGAUGCUCAAGGAUUUCUUUCACUGCAGUAUAUGAUUAGGAAUGAAGAUGGACAGAUCUGUUUUGUGGAAUACUAUUGUUGCCCUGAUGAGAACAUCACUGAAGCAGAACUGUAGGUGUGUGUGUGCUAGUGCCUGUGAUAUAUUUUUGUUUAUAUAAAAUACUAUAUUUUUUUACAAAACUAAAUGAAAGCUGUAAAGUUUGAUAGAGUUAGUACUGUUUUUAUUUUUUAACUCUGGAAUAAGAAAGCUGAAGACUCAUUUUCUUCCACUGCAAACAUUUCUUAUCCUUGACUCAAACUGAAGCUGAAAAAGCAGAAAGGGGGGUUGAUGUCCUAUGGACACUACUUCCAGCACAGAUGUUAAAUUACUGUUUGUGUUAUAUAUUGAUGCUUUUUACUUUUUAAAGUUCUCCAAGAAUUUUUCUUUGUGUUAUAUUUUUUGUCUUUGGCUUUUAGUAAGCAAUUACACAAGGGAAAACCCAAAUGCUAGCUGUUAUGUUAGCCAGUUAACUUUCAGUGACUUAAAACCAAUUUUGUCUUGUAACAGAACAGCAUUUUCAGACUGAUCUCUUAAUAGCAGCAGGUCUUGCUGGCAAAUGCUGACAUGUUGUCAGUCAAGUCACUAGGCUUCUCCUCAUCUUUAUUAAUUCUUAAUAUAACUGAAUUCUUUGGAAUGCCAUCUGACACCAAUUUACCAUUUUGUCUGCAAACUGAUGUUAAACUGGUAAAUUGAUAUAGAAGCCAGGAUUUACUUACUCAUUACUCAUAACUAUUCUGACAACAUCAUUGUUUUGGAUAAGUAGUUUAUUACACAUCUGCAAAGAAUGCUGCAGCUGAACUGUUUCUGUAUAUUCAUGUUCCUCUUCCUACUCUGCUGCUCUCUACUGGUGGUGUUAAGAACGGUGAGAGAGAAAAGUUUCAUAUUGAAAAUUAUUUAUGAAAUCCGUUUGCCUUCUCAGUAGCCCUUUUCAGCAGCAGGAGUUGCUCCUAAACUGCAGCAGGGGAGUAUCUGCCUGUGUCCUAUGCAGCAGUGUAUUCAAAUCACUGCUAAAAAUGGGGCUGACCUUAUGCUCACUGAAAAGAGAGGUUCUUGGGCCGCUUUCUGCACUGUCCCAUCUCCAGAACAGCAGAUGGAUUGUGUUUAGAUCAAAAGUCCCUCUCCCUUCACACCAACCAGCCAGCUCAGAAGGGGAAGUACCUGGGAGCAGCCAGGCACGGGACUGGAUGCAGAGUCUGCAGAUCACACACAGAGUCCAAACUCUCCCUGCCUCUCUGCUGUGGGAUGUGAUGGAAGAGUCAGCAAUCUGCAGGUGGUCUCUACAGAUUUAGACUCUUGUCAAGUUUUGUUGUCUGUCAGAUCAGGUCUUAUUUUGUUUUCUGUGGAAAACAGUGUGAUCAUAUGUUACCAAAUCGAUUGCUUCACAAUUCAACAGAACCCUUUGGGUUUAUUGUAAGUUUAAAAUGCUGUUGUGGAUCGUUUUUCAUCUCUUGCUUAGUCCAGCAAGAGUAUAUUUUUGGCAUGCACAGUGUUAACAGUUCACUUUCAUUGUUUUUUUGUGUAAAUCAUCCGUUUAUUUCA